GGUUUUGGAAACUUUGGAAGGUUUUUUACAAGAGUUAUAAUCUGGGAAUGGGAAAUGGCGUCAAAAUCGUUAGAUACGUUUUGUGGAACUUGUGAAAGAAGAAGUAGAAACACAAAAGCAGUAAAGUACUGUACAGAUUGUGAGGACGGAUUCUGUUCAGAAUGCUUAGAUUUUCACGAAAACAUGAAGGUUGCCACGUCCCAUCAUAUAAUAGAUAUAAAAGUAGUUGACGAAAUAACAUUCAAUAUAAGCAAAUUCUGCAAAGUUCAUUCCGACAUGGCUUUAGAAUAUUUUUGCUCCGAUCACGAUACACUGUGUUGUCGGUCUUGUAUGGCUAGUGAUCAUCGAGCAUGUGACAAGCUACUUCCAAUUGAAGUUGCUGCUAAAGGGGUCAAAAGUUCAACAAUGUAUGAAGAAAUUGUCACUGAUGUCGGUACGCUAAAUGCCGCUAUAAUAGAGCUUGGGGACAAAAGGGAGAAAAAUAUAUCAUCUCUUGAUAAUAGCAAGGUGACUGUACAACAAGAGGUGCAGUAUUUUCAAAAGAGUUUACAGACACGCAUUCAAGAAGUUGGAGUGGCUUUAAUGAGUGAAAUAAACAAAGUUCAUACUGACCUCUCAGAUAAAGCAAAAGGUGACAUGGACAAGAUAUGUGAUCGCAAAAAACAUAUACAAAAUAUUUCUGAACAGUUUGAAUCUGUGUCAAAACACGGAUCUGAUAGUCAAAUAUUCAUGUUGAUAAAUAAUAUCAAAGAAGAACUGAACUGUCAUAUCAAUGAAUUUCAAGAAUUUCUGUUGUCCCAGAAUGCGGUAUCUCUCUUGUAUAAGAAGUCUGAGUUGCUGUCCGUGGUGAAAUCAUUUGGGUCAGUGGAAAUUAAAGAGGUUUCCUUUGAUAUAAAAUUCAAACCAUUUAAGACGCAACAAGCACAAUUACUGAAACAACAGAGAAAGCUUCCAACAAAAUUCCAGCAAGAUACAAAAUUUAUGGUGCCUAAUUGCCAGAUUGUUGGCAUAGGUGUGACAAAAGAUAAUAGAUUAUUCCUGUGUGAUAGAUUCGGUUCUAAAUUAUUUGUUCUUUCAGACAAAGGACAUAAAUUGGCUGACAUUCUAGUGGGUGGACGUCAAUGGGAUAUAACCAUGGAAGAAGACAAGAAUACUGCAUGGGUCACACUGCCUGAUACACCGUGCAUUCAAGCAGUAGAUAUUAUUAAAAUGGAAAAGGGGCGACAAAUUAAAGUACCUGGGAAAUGUAAUGGCAUUGCACUCAUUGGCGACGACAUUGCUGUUGGUGGUAACGGCAAGAUAUACAUUAUCAACAAAACUGGUGUGUUGAAGAAGACCAUUAAAGUUGAAAGAAGUGAUGUACACGCUAUAUCAGUUGGACAAAAUCAUCAACUUCACUAUGCUCAGGCGGAUAUAGAAGAAUCAAAAUUGAAAUGCCUUAAGUUAGAGGACGGAACAGUUACAUCUAUGUCUACUCAAUGUACUUAUCGCAUGGUGGAUAUCAAGGCAGACAUAUUAGGAAAUGUAUAUGUCCUAGAAAGGAGCUCAAAUUUGAAGCUGUUUUGUAUUGAAGAUAAAACUCUCAAAACCCUGUUGGGAAAAGAAGAUGGGCUGAACAAUCCAUAUAGCUUUGCUUUCAGUACAGAUUUGUCCAAGCUUUUCAUUUCAAACUAUGUUGAAAACAAAAAUAGUGAGAUAUUGGUCUAUGAUUGUAAUUGAAAAAUAUGCGUGCAAUAACUGGACGUUCAAGCUGAUAUGAAAUCAUGCUGUUCGCCAGUCUAAUAUAGAAAAUUUGUAUACAGCAACUUAAAAAAUGGUUCGAUCAUGUGCAAUACUAAGAACAAGCUGUUUAGAAGUUUGAUAAAAAAAACCAAGGGAAGCAUUAAGUCUUUUUUCAAACAAUAACCAAAUAACAAAGUUAUAAUAAUAUAUUUAUCAAGUAGUCUGCUACUUGGCUUUUCCUAAAAGCUUCGCCCUAUCUCAACAGCAAUUGAUCAAACAGUUUACCUCACAAGUGAUUGACCAACUGUAAAAUAUUUAACAAAUUGCUUCAGUUAAAGGUUGUUCAAUGUUGUUAGUGUGUAGUGAUUGCAGUGAAAUAAAGGUAAU